UGUGAUCAAUAUUUUGAGAAAUAUUAGACAUAACUGUGGACUAUCACAGUUUAAAAGAGCAUAUGGGAUGAACUUUCAAUAUGUUUUCUUUGGUAAUCGAACAAUGAACAGACAUUAGUUUCACCAAGCCACGGUUAUAUGGUGGGAAAGGAAACUACACAAUCUUGAGCCCACACUUUCAACUUACAGUGGAUCUACUCCAUUGGCUGAUGCAGGGAAAUCCCUGCAUCAGCCUGAAUAUAAAACACUGCUCAGCCAGACACAGUCAAAGAACACAGUUUACCACUCUGAACCAAGAUGCCCCUCAUCAAGCUCUACUUCACUCCUGCACUGCUGCUCCUAGUGCUCACUUGUCCUUUAUGGCAGAUCAGCCAAUCUGUGCCACUGAUGGGAAUGCAAGACUCCUGUGUAUUACACGCAAGAACACUGCUCCAGAACAUCACGGAUGUACUCAACCAGAAAACCCUGUUUAGUGGAAUUGACUGCACGAAGCAGAACAUGGAGCUGUACAAAAAAACCAGCACACCAUCAGCAUGUGCACCACAGGGAUCAGCAUGCUCAGAAAUCACUACAUCGGGAUUUGAUCAGAGCUCAUGUUUGAAAAACAUUCGGGAGGAUCUGAGGUACUAUGAUGAAUUUCUGGCAGCGCAGCCUGUUGGUACUCUUCUGUUCAGUCUCAGGGAACUCAUGAAGAACUGCUUCGGAAUAGUUCCGGCAUCAGACUCGACCUUAAGGGAGGCUGCUGCAAACCUCGGAACCUCCUUCGACCAAAGACUUCACCUCUGCAAAGUGCUGAAGGGCUUCCAGGUCCGUGCCAUCACAAUAAACCGAGUGAUUGCGUACAUGACCUCUGAUGAAUACACUAAAUGAAUCGUCACUGAGCUCCAGAACAAGAAUACUCAAGAGGCUCCGGAAAUAAAUUACAGAAACUACGGUGACAGUCAGUUAAUGUUGCUGUGACAGAAAACACUUCAAUAUACUUUAAAGUUUCAUAAAUUACUUAACUCAUAUCUUAAAAUUGACGACUUAUAUUUAACUGUGUUUACUGACUUGAAAAUGAUAUUUAUUUAUUUAUUUUAUU